CCAGACGGUCCGAUCCCCUCCUUCGACUCGUCGGACAUGGUCAGAGGGCACCGGGUGAUCAAGUGCGAUGACUCGUUCUCGAGGACCUUCCUGGCGGAAUGCAUAUCCAAGAUUGGAAAUGCAUGGGACGGCCUUAGCAUUAGGCUCGUCCACGCCAGGGAGAUUCCAAGGAGGCCGCGGGCUCGCAUUUGGUUGCCAAAGGGGCAGACUGACCAAGGAAAGGUGCUGUCGCUGCUGAGGGCUCAGAACCCAGAAGUGCAUACUGAGGACUGGGCAAUACUCAAAGUAGAGAAGGAGAUGAAGACGAGCCAGCCGUUCCUCUUCCUCAUCAACCAGCGCUGCCUGCCGCAGCUUGAGAAGGCCGACUACACCAUCCGGUACGGCCUACGGAAGGCCAAGAUCAAGGUCUUCCUGGCAGAGCCGGAUGAUGUUCUCGAGGAGGUCGAUGACACCAACAAGCUGUUGGAUGACCUGGUCAUCGACGACAAGACCCCAGACAUAACACCCAACACCGAUGCCUAAAGUCGUGCAGAUUAACCUGAAGCGCAGCAUGCAUGCUUCAGCCAAUCUUGCAGUUCUUCUCAGUGAGAGGAACAUUGACAUAGGCAUCGUUCAAGAACCAUGGACGCGAGACAGACAAAUCUCGGGUCUAACACAACAAGGAUAUAAACUCUUUUAUACUAACUCGACAGCACACCGGAUCUAGCAGUUGCCAGAUUCGUGGCGGCGGAUGGGACAUCGAUGGUGAUAGCCUCAUCCUACAUGGCCCAUGAUGAACCGGCUCCACCUGAGCCAGUCAUCAAGCUGCUGCAAUGGGCGGAAGAUACUAAGACGACCCUGGUGCUCGGAUGCGACGCUAACGCGAGGCACGCACUAUGGGGAAGCUCGG